AUGGUGAUCUUCCGUGAAAAUACGGAAGACAUCUAUGCCGGCAUCGAAUGGGAAACGGGCACGCCCGAGGCGGAGAAGGUCGUCAAGUUUCUGCGGGAGGAGAUGGGGGUCAAGAGCAUCCGCUUCCCCGACACCGCCAGCAUCGGCAUCAAACCGGUCUCCAUCGAAGGCUCGGAACGCCUGAUCCGGGCGGCCAUCCGUUACGCGGUGGAGCACAACCGGCGCAACAUCACACUGGUGCACAAGGGCAACAUCCAGAAGUACACCGAGGGCGCAUUCAUGCGCUGGGGCUACGCGCUGGCGAAGCGGGAGUUCGGCGACAAAGUGGUGUCAUGGGAGGAGUGCAACGGAAACCCGGAGCCCGGGAUGAUUCUUAUCAAGGACGCCAUCACGGACGCCUUUCUACAGCAGAUCGUCACACGGCCCGACGAAUUCGACGUGAUCCCCACCAUGAACCUCACCGGCGACCUCAUCUCGGACGCGCUGGCGGCCCAGGUGGGCGGCAUCGGCAUCGCGCCGGGCGGUAACAUCAACUACGACACCGGCCACGCCCUGUUCGAGGCCACCCACGGAACCGCGCCCAAGUACGCCGGCCAGGACAAGGUCAAUCCGGGCUCGGUGAUCCUUUCCGGUGAGAUGAUGCUGCGCCACCUCGGCUGGGACGAGGCCGCGGAACUCGUGAUCCAGGGUCUCGAGGAAACCAUUGCGCAGAAGACCGUAACCUACGAUUUCGAGCGGCUCAUGACCGGCGCCAAGCUGCUCAAGUGCUCGGAAUUCGGCGAAGCCAUCGUGGCGAACAUGUAA